GAAAGAAAGAAAGAAAGAAAGGAAAAGACUUUCUGUCCGCCACCAGAAUGUCCACAAGCGCGAUCAUCAAUCGUUCGACUCACGCGAGACGCCAUCAGCUGCUAAAAUGGCGUCGGAGCCUUUUCGUCUUUUCGUGCGAAUUCAUUGAAUGCUAACGAUUAGCAUCAUAAAUGUUGAUUUUUGUGUUAAGGUGACUGAUGAAAGCAGCAACAAAACCGCUGCAGUGUGUAUGUCGGUGUUAGGUGGUGGUUUUGCUAUUUUUAAGUCAUUGUUUCAGUGUAAAUAAACGGUACUGGGUGAUUUUAGUUCUUUUGAAUAUGUAUUUUUUUUUUUAGUUAAAUGUAUCCCAGAUGUUGUUUUAAUACGUUAUAGCCCUCCAAGAUACAGUAGAAAAUUUAUGAAGGAUUUUUCAGAACUUGACUACUACUAUUAUGUCAUAAUGGGAGAGUUUAACAUUCAUGUUGACAAUAACAGGAGAAAAAUCCAAAGAACUCUGCUAUACUUGGCACGUUUGACCUCUUGCGACAUAUUAAGAGUCCAAGUCACUCAAGAUCACAUUUUCGACCCGGUCAUCUUUGAGGAUGUUGAAAUGUUAUCAAUUGACGUGAAGAAUAUGGCUAUUUCUGACCAUUACAGAUGCUUCCAAAAGUUCAGACAGCCUCUAUGUCUAUUAAGAAAAGGUGCAUAAAUGAGAUGACUGCCACUAAGUUUAUGGGGACUGUAGCUGUGCUACAAACUGUGACUGCUGAGACGGUUGAUGAACCUUUGGACAAUUUCACCUGCAAAAUCUCAAAUGUCAUGAAUGCUGUUUGUCCUCGUUAAAGCUAAUACAAUAUUGAGGCGACCUAUCACACCCUGGAAGAGCACACGAGCCAGCCAUCCAUCCGUCCAAUCUUCUACCGUUUACCUAAGGUCAAAGGUCAGGUCUUGGGCGCAAUAGCUUUAGCAGGGAUGCCCAGACUUCCUCCAGCUCUUCUCGGGGUGGGGGCAUUACUGUCAACGUUACACCAAUCCGCUUGUCAAUCUCACUUUCCAAUCUUCCCUCACUCGUGAACAAGACCCCGAGAUACUUUGAACUCCUCCACCCGGGGCAGGAUCUCAUCCCUGACCUGGAGACGCACAGGCGUGUGAUGAGCGUGGCAGCGGAGGAGCAGGAAGGCGCCCCGCCGGAGACCCUCAAGUCGCUCGCACUGACGCAGGACAGCGACGGCGACGUCGAACCGCGUUCCCCCGCCCGUGCGACGUCGCCGCCUUCGUCCUCGCUUGCGCAGCAGCACGACGACGAGGCCGAGCCGCUGACCAAGAAAGCGCGCGUCUCGCCGGAAGGUUCCGACGGCUCCUUUUCUCUCGUCGCGAUGCCGGUGGCCGACACCCGCAAGAGCAUUGAGGUUACCGUGACGACAACGGCGCCCGAGGACGGCGCGGCGCAGAUUCAGGUCCUGUGCGAGGAGGAAGACGGCGGCGGCGGUGACGCGCCGUCGCCCGAAGACAAGGCGGAAGUGUCGCUCGUCAGUCAGGCCUGGUUCACCACCAAAGAAGACAAAGAUACGCUCGCCAACAAAGGUCACAAGUGGAAGCAAGGAAUGUGGUCCAAAGAGGAAGUGGACAUUCUCAUGAGCAACAUCGACCAAUACGUGAAGGGUCGCGGCAUCAAGGACCCGGCCGAGAUUAUCUUUGAGAUGUCCAAAGAGGAGCGCAAAGACUUUUACCGCUCGGUGGCGUCGGGCCUGAACAGGCCGCUCUUCGCCGUCUACCGACGGGUCCUGCGCAUGUACGACAACCGCAACCACGUCGGCAAGUACACGCCGAGAGAGAUCGAGAAGUUGAGAGGGUUGAGGGAUCGCCACGGCAACGACUGGGCGACCAUCGGCGCGGCUCUGGGCCGCAGCGCCUCCUCCGUCAAGGACCGCUGUCGGCUGAUGAAGGACACGUGCAACACGGGCAAGUGGAGCGAGGACGAGGAGCGUCUCCUGGCCCAGGUGGUGUACGAGAUGGCGGGCGUGUCUCCGGGCUCGGCGGUGACGGGGGGCGUGUCCUGGGCCUCGGUGGCCAAUCGGGUGGCCACGCGCUCGGAGAAGCAGUGCCGCUCCAAGUGGCUCAACUACCUCAACUGGAAACACAGCGGCGGCACCGAAUGGACCCGGGACGACGACCUCCACCUCACCCGCAGGAUUUUGGAGCUGGACGUGAAAGACGAGAACGAGAUCAAGUGGGAAGAUCUGGCGGGCGGCUGGAGCAGCGUGCGCUCGCCCCAGUGGCUGCGCUCCAAGUGGUGGAGCAUCAAGAGACAAGUGACCAAUCACAGGGCCAUCCCCUUCCCGGUGCUCCUGAAGGCGCUCCACGAGGUGAUGUUAUCCUUGCAGUCGGAGGGCGGUUCGUGCAGCCCGCCCUCCGUCACCUCGCUCCAGAUCCGCGUGACCCGCUUGGAGGAAAGCGGCGGCGCCGGCGCCUCGGCGGCGCUGCAGAUCCCGCUCCAGAUCGCGCACCUGGACCCUUCGGCGGCCGGCGGCGAGGGCGACGCCAUCACGUUGAACGGCGGAGCGCUGCAGGCCUUUGAGAUUAUCCCAUCGUUCCAGCUGCAGCCCACCGGCACGCCGGGCACGUACUUGCUUCAGACCGCGUCCAGUCAGGGCCUGCCCCUCAGCCUGAGCGCCAACAACACGGUCACCUUGACGACGAGCGCUUCCUCGGCGUCCCACGAGCACAUCAUCUUUCACGGCCUGGCGACGGACGGCCUGUGCGCCGGCGACGGCGUCAUCAUCCAGACGGUGGCGUCGGACUCGCUGAUCGUGGAAACGGAGGGCCGGCGGCAGGAGGAACGUCUCGACGCUUGCGGUCUUCUGGAACACCCGGAAAAGGACGGCGAGGAGACGACGACGACGACGACGGGCGGCUUCGCCGACAAGCAGCCUCCUUCGCCUGCGGCCGACACUCCCGUGACGCAUUCUGGGAUGGCGGCUGGCGGCGCCGUCCUGAUCGUGUCCCCGCCCGACGUGGCCAGCACGCUAACAGAUCCAAUCUUGGAGAACCAGGACGGGUGCGACUAAGACCAGCAGCCUGGGAAGUCGAACUUUUUUUCUUUUUCAUAAAAACUUUUUAGAAGUGCCAAUUUUUUCAAAAUCACAACAACAUUUCUGGGCUCGUGAUGAG